CGUAACACAGAAGAGUUCAAAUCAGUUGGACAAACUGAGACCAGUAUCAAUAUGCAGUGGAAGAAAGUGAAUGACAUCCUCAACUAUAUACUUGAAUUCAAUGGAGGGGAGAUAAAUGUUGCUGCAUCAGAGGGACAAGAACACGUGACACACACAAUCUCAUUAGUCACAAGUGGGACUAAAUAUGAUUUCAGUCUCUUCGCUGUGUUUGAAAAUGUCAGAAGCAGAGGAGUACACAUCACUGCAGUCACUGCUCCUCGUAACACAGAAGAGUUCAAAUCAGUUGGACAAAAUGAAAACAGUGUAACUCUGCAGUGGAGGAAAGUGAAUGACAUCCUCAACUAUGUCAUUUUGUUCAGUGGAAGCGAGAUAAAUGUUGCUGCAUCAGAGGGACAAGAACAUGUGACACACACAAUCUCAGAACUCACAAGUGGGACUAAAUAUGAUUUCAGUCUCUUCACUGUGUUUGAAAAUGUCAGAAGCAGAGGAGUACACAUCACUGCAGUCACUGCUCCUCGUAACACAGAAGAGUUCAAAUCAGUUGGACAAAAUGAAAACAGUGUAACUCUGCAGUGGAGGAAAGUGAAUCACAUCCUCAACUAUGUCAUUUUGUUCAGUGGAAGCGAGAUAAAUGUUGCUGCAUCAGAGGGACGAGAACACGUGACACACACAAUCUCAGAACUCACAAGUGCGACUAAAUAUGAUUUCAGUCUCUUCACUGUGUUUGAAAAUGUCAGAAGCAGAGGAGUAAACAUCGCUGCAGUCACUGCUCCUUCUAACCCAGAAAAGUUCAAACCAGUAGGAAAAAAUGAGACCAGUAUAACUCUGCAGUGGAAUAAAGUGAAUAACAUCCUCAACUAUAUACUUGAAUUCAAUGGAAGGAUGAUAAAUGUUGCUGCAUCAGAGGGACGAGAACACGUGACACACACAAUCUCAGAACUCACAAGUGGGACUAAAUAUGAUUUCAGUCUCUUCACUGUGUUUGAAAAUGUCAGAAGCAGCGGAGUAAGCAUCACUGGUAAGAUAUUUUUUCUUAUUCAGUCUAAAUGAAAUGAUUGACUGGCCUUUACCUGCCUGUCUACAUACAUGCACUCUGCCUGUGCAGUCAC